AGAUUCCAUGCUAAGAUUCUCCAUCCCAAGUUCUCAGCUAUCUCUGUUAUACUGAGCUAUAUCCUUUCUUGGAACGUAGAUGUCCACUGUGAGCUGAUGCUCUAUCUGACAGUGAAAAAGCAAACAUUAGUUCCACGCCUAUACCUGUUCCCCAGUAACCCCGGCCAAAUACAGGCUGUGGAACAACAGGAAAUAAAGUUUCAAGGGUCUAAAAGAUUUCCCAACACAAGACCAGAGCAGUCCUUCAAACUGAAGAGUUACUUCAGACUGAACAUUCCCUGUUCUACCUCCAUCAAUCCACCGAGGAUUCAUCUCAUACAUAGAGACACCACACCAAGCUUUUUCAAGGCGGUUGUGAAAAUGACAGGGAAUGACAUUGAGAUGGAGUUAUUCAGUGAUGACGAGAGGACAGUAUGGAAAGAAAUAGUACCAACAGAUGAUUACAUCUCUGACACCUGUUCAACAAGUGCUGUGUUGGGGGCAGGAGGUCCGGUUGAGAGCAGUCGGACUGGUUCUACAAAACUGCAGCUGCGUUCUGUACGGACAGAGUUUGUGAAACGAGUGUCAAGACCUGUCCUGAAUGAACUGCUGGACGGACUCCUGCAACACACAGUCAUCAACCAGGAGGAAAUGGAGUCAGUGAAGGUGAUAGCUGAGAGGGCAGAGAAGGCACGAGUCAUCAUCGACAUGGUGUUGAGAAAAGGAACUGAGUCAUGUUCCAGGAUGAUCAACCUUCUUGGGGAGCUGGACCACUGUCUUUGUUCACAGCUUCAGAUCAAUAGUGUUGGGGUACCAACCUAAUGGUAGA